CAGCGUGUGUGUCGACACGUGCAACAGACCCCCUGGAGCCGUUCCCCCGGCUGAAAAACGGCGAGAGCGAGCAAAUCUACAGCUAGGUGCUGACGCUGUAAAGAACCAUAUUCUCGGCUGUGUAGCCGACACUUUUCUGGAGGAGACCCGAGCAAUGAGCCUCCUUAACCUGGGAAAAGAGGCUCCAGGGUCUGUUGGAACACAUCAAUUCCAGUCAUAUACUAACAACUAUCCUUUCUCAGCCCAGAUCUCCGCGACUAGAGCGUCCGUUCUUUUUCUCACGCACAUAUAUACUACGUAAUAUCGCAAAAGUAUAGAGCAUAUCGUAAGAGCUACGUGCUGCGCCGCUCAGCCAGCAGCCAGAACGAGACUCCGGAUGUGACGUCACGUUCAAUUAACUCGCCCACUUUUGCGGUCAUGCAUUCUAGGGAGCCGGCGGACAUUAUCUCAGGCAGUCUCUCUCACGGCAGGCUUUUCGAAAUGUCGGACCUGUGGAAGGCGGUACUUGAGUCUGCGAAUAUCGCUGAAGACUCCGAGGAUGCUAAAGGGAUACUUGCCGGUGACUCCGAAGGAUAUCUAAGAUCAUUCAUGGAGAGUAACUGCACGCAAUGGAGUGAAAAGAUGCGGGACCUUUGCGGCUCGGAGGAAAUCUUCCGGAAGGUCGAAGCAUUUGGCCAUUUCGUAGACGAGAUUGAUGGUAAGGUUUGUGUUGACCCAAAGUUCUGUCAGUUGGCAACAACCCUCAUGAAGAAAAUGAGUAAGCAAUACGACUCCGAGUACGACCGUGAAACACAAUUUCGAGAAGCAGUAAAUGAAUACUUUCCAUCAUUAAUUGUAUCAUUACCGAAACCGAAACCUAAUACAUUUCCAAUUUCAACUGAUGGUACAAUGACAGUGCCCGGAUUAAAAAAGCAUAUCAAAGCAUAA